AAAAAGCGUGGCCUCGCUGGAAGAAUAACAACCUCAAGAUUUUAGUCAAGCCCACAAGUAACGGUAUAAGAGUGAGCCCUUCACUUUGGGCGCGAAACGUGGAUUUAACAUCGAAAUACAGUUACUAACUUCAGGGAAAAGACUGGGAGAGAUAGAGAGAUAAGUUUUCUUUCCACAUUUCACAAAGAAUCAAGGAUUGCUUUCUCUGAUCACAUCAUAAUCUCACACACACACACAUACAGAGAGAGAGAGAGAGAGAGAGGAUAGAACGACAUAGAAUAGAGGGAAGAAAAGGCAAAAAUGGCACAGGCACAAACGUUAAAGGAGGAGAAGAGCAAUAUCCAAGAAACUACAACGCCCAGUCCCACCUUCAAGUUGAAUGCUCAAGCACCUGAAUUUGUGCCCAGAUCGCAUUCCCAGAUGCCGAUUUCGGGUUAUUUCUAUCCCUUCUUUCAUAUUCUCGGCGGGGCUGGUGCUUCUGAUUGGUUCCCUGGUGGCGAUCAGGAUCCUUCCUCCCGUUUAAUAUCCACGACAAAUGUGGCACUCCCCAACUGCUCGAAGAAUGUCCUCACUCAUGAUCUUCAGCAGAAAAUCGUUAAACAGGUUGAGUAUCAGUUCAGUGACAUGAGUUUGCUAGCAAACGAAUCUUUCCAGAAACAGAUGAAUAAGGACCCUGAAGGUUAUGUUCCUAUAUCCCUUAUCGCUUCCACAAAAAAGGUGAAGUCCCUCACUAGAAACAUUCAUCUACUUACCCAAGCACUUCGUUCUUCUUCAAAACUUGUUUUAAGUGCUGAUGGAAAAAAAGUUAAACGUAAACAACCUUUCACUGAUAAGGAGAAAGAGGACUUGCAGUCUCGUACUGUUGUGGUUGAGAAUUUACCUGAAGACCAUUCCCACGAAAAUCUCAUGAAAAUAUUUAGUGUCGUUGGAAGUGUGAAAACAAUCAGAAUCUGCCAUCCCCAGGAAUCUAGUUCUCCCAGACCAAAGGGUGAUCUCCUCAUUAGUAACAAGCUACAUGCACUUGUGGAGUAUGAGACACCAUAUGUAGCUGAGAAAGCGGUUGACAAGCUAAAAGAUGAUAGGAAUUGGAGAAAUGGGAUGCGAGUUAGGCUGCUGCUUAGGUGCUCGCCAAGAUCUGUUUUGAAGAGCAAAAAGUUGGAAUUCGACGGCUUUCUUGAGGAAAAUGAGAUGCUAAAUUCUGAACCUGCUGAGGAUUCUUCUCAUUCAAACAACACUGACCAUUUGAUAGUUCAGACUAACGUGGAAGAAAAUGGAGUGGGAUCAAAGAAAGGAUGGGGAAGAGGACGUGGGAAGGGAAGAGGACGUGGCCUGCUUGCUCUGCCAUGUCAACCAAGUAGCAGCCCUGCUGUUGUAGUGAGUGAAGGAGGCUCUGCAAAACCCAACACCAAGGGCCCCAGAAUGCCCGAUGGCACCAGAGGCUUCACCAUGGGAAGGGGCAAGCCAACCACUUCUUCUUCUUCUUCUGCUCUACCAGGGUCAUCUCAAGAGUAAUAAUGGCCCACGCGCUCUUGCUCAAAUUUUGUUCUCUUCUCUCUGCUUCCAUGAUAUAGUUUUGAUUGUUUACUCUUAAUACUCCUGUUUUUUUUUGUAACAUUUUCUUUUACUCAUUGUAAACACUUUAUUUUAGCAGUGGAUAACAAAUUUUCUAUAUGCCUUCCUAAUGCUAAAUAACCCCUGGACUUGUCAAUGUAUGCGUUUAUCAUCAAGAAAGAAAUGAAAGAAAAAA